UCCAGACCCAGCCUCUGGUGGUCCAGACCCAGCCUCUGGUCUGGACCCAGCCUCUGGUGGUCCAGACCCAGCCUCUGGUCCAGACCCAGCCUGUGGUCAGCACAGCCUCGGGGCUGUGGAGGCUCCACGCCGCCUCCUUCAGGUGUUCGCCGGCUGCUGUUCUGUCUGAGGAACUAGCGGGUUCUGUUGGAUCUGUACCGGGUUCUGCUGGAUCUGUACCGGGUUCUGUUGGAUGUUUACGGCUGAGACAUGAGUGGGUUUCUGUACAGGGGAAGACACUGUGGAGACAAACCGGCCCGACCCAGGAGCAUCGGACCUACCAUGGAUUUCUCCUGUGAUGAGACGGACAAAGGUCCACCUGUCCACAUGCACAGUCUGAGGGAGUUUGAGCAGCACCUGAACGACCUGAAGAAGGAGAACUUCAGCCUGAAGCUGCGGAUCUACUUCCUGGAGGAGAAGAUCCAGCAGAAGUUUGAGGAGAGCAGCGACGAUGUGCACAAGAGGGUGAGUGACCAAGACCCACAAUGCACUGGGGGGGCAAAAUGACAGUAUAUGGACAAAAGUAUGUGGACACGGUGAA